CUAUAUUGAGAUGUUUUAAAAGCUACUUAUUUUUUAAUCCAAAAACAGAGUCAGAGAAGUGGCGAUGGAGUCAUGGGGAGAGCUAGAGGGAAAAGUGGUGAUGGUAACUGGGGCUUCCUCAGGCCUUGGUCUUGAAUUCUGUCUCGACCUUGCAAAAGCUGGUUGCAAGAUCAUUGCCGCCGCUCGACGCGUCGACCGACUCCAAUCACUCUGUCACCAAAUCAACUCUUCUUCUUCUUCUUCUUCUUCUUCUACAAGCUCCCCUCGAGCUGUGGCUGUGGAGCUUGACUUGACUGCUGAUGGACCCACCAUCGAGAAGUCCAUAAAGAAAGCUUGGGAUGUGUUUGGCCACAUCCAUGCCUUGGUCAACAAUGCCGGACUUAGAGGUAAUGUGAGAUCUCCAUUAGAAUUAUCUGAGGAGGAAUGGAAUCAUGUUAUCAAAACAAACUUAACAGGAAACUGGUUGGUGUCAAAAUACAUUGGCAUACGCAUGCGUGAUGCUGAGAGGGGAGGAUCAAUCAUAAACAUAUCUUCAGUUGCUGGUCUCGACCGUGGGCAAUUGCCUGGUUCUGCCGCCUAUGCUGCUUCAAAGGCAGGCCUAAACAUCUUGACAAAGGUCAUGGCAUUGGAAUUGGGUGUAUAUAAAAUUAGAGUGAAUUCUAUAUCACCUGGCAUUUUCAAAUCUGAGAUUACCCAGAGUCUCUUGCAAAAAGAAUGGCUGCAUAAUGUGACAAAGAAAAUUAUCCCGUUAAGAGAAUAUGGCACUACUGAUCCAGCAUUGACAUCACUUGUUCGAUACUUGUUACAUGAAUCUUCUGAAUAUGUUUCGGGCAACAUUUUCAUUGUUGAUUCUGGUGCAACCUUACCAGGUGUUCCUAUCUACUCUUCCCUUUGAAAGCCGUGUUAUGUAGUGAGAUAUAACUGUCUUAUCAAGACAAGUGUAAAUAUUCUUGCUGCAAAUUUUGUUUCUUAUCCUUCAUAGAAUUUCCAAUAACUACUUCAUUGCCUUUUGAAGAUUACAACUAAACAGGUUAGCAGAUAUAUGUGAAAUAUUCAUAAUUUCUGGAAGACUGGAACUUAUGGAUUAUUUUGUUCCUUUUUAAUCCUACUAUUGAGUGUUCUGUGCA